AUGGCAGAAAUUAUGUUUUUAAAUUCUCUCUUUACUAAUUUGUCUCUAAGAAUGCCAGUUGCCAGGAGAAACAAUACAUUCAGAGUUAAAGAGAUAUGCCUUCUGGCUACCACUGCCUUUGCCAGUGAGGCGGAACAAACGAAGCCAGAGAAGACAAAAAGGGGAAUUCUCCUGGGUAAUGGAGGUCUGGGCGGAUCAUCUGGCGGACUCGAUCUGAGCUCGGGGUCUAGCUAUGGCGGUGGUUUGGACUCCAACAGUCUUUCUGGAGGAUUCUCCGGUGGACUAUCUGGGGGAUUGUCUGGAGGACAUUCUGGUGGAAUCUCACUUGGAGGAGGUGGAGGUCUUGGUGGAGGACUGUCCGGUGGUCUUGGUGGAGGCCUUUCUGGUGGUCACGGUGGUCUUUCUGGUGGGCUUGGUGGAGGCCAAUCUGGAGGUCUCAGCCUUAGUUUUUCCGGAGGUCUUGGCGGAGGACUGUCCGGGGGGUUGGGCGGGGGCUCAGGUGGCGACGGUAAUAUCCGCACCAUCACUCAACAGGUCCCAGUCGUCAUCCCGCAACCGUAUCCCGUAUCAAAGCCUGUGCCCGUUCCAUACUACAUUAGGCAAACUGUUCCCAUCAUCAAGGAAAUACCUGUCCGUGUACCCCAUCCCGUUCCAAUUACAGUCGACAGGCCUGUAAAUGUUCCACACAUUGUGAGAGUCCCAGUACUAAUUCCCCAACCAGUGCCAGUUCCUCAAGCUGCUCCUCAGCCUGCUCCGGCAGCCCAGCCUGUUCCUAUCAUAGUUACCGUGUCUUCGGGAUCUGCCGGUGGAUCUGCUGGAGGUUCUGCUGGGGGUUCUGCUGGGGGUUCUGCUGGGGGUUCUGACGGAUCUGGACUGGGCGGUGGCUCUGCUAGCCUGGGAUCAGGACUUGGAGGUUCAGGAUCAGGCUUUUCUUCAGGUUCCGGCUUCAGUGGAUUUAACCUAGGCUCUGGAUCAGGUUUAAGCACUAGCUUUAACUUUGGUUCUGGUCAGGGAUCUGGAUCUGGAUCUCUUAGCCUUUCCUCUUCAGGAUCGGGACUGGGCUCGGGAUUGGGCUCUAGCCAUGGAUUGAGCCUUGGAUCUGGACUCAGCUCCUCCAGUCUUGGAUCUGGUCUCAGUUCUUCCAGCCUUGGAUCUGGUCUCGGUUCCUCCAGCCUUGGAUCUGGUCUCGGUUCCUCCAGCCUUGGAUCUGGUCUUGGUUCCUCUAGCCUUGGCUCUGGUCUUGGUUCCUCCAGCCUUGGUGGUGGAUACGGAUCAGGAUAUGGGUACUCUGGUUCGGGUUCCAUUGGAGGAGGAUCUGGUGGACUGUUAGGAAAACAGUGGUAG